UAAUAAACGCUAAAAUCAAUAUCUCAUCUGCCAAAUUUGGUUACAUCAACCUCGCAAUUUCUGCAGCUACACCUCCACAUUUACUAGUUAUAUUACUUUCUAGAAUCUAGAUUUCUCCUAAAUUUGAACCAAAUCUUGAAGAAUUUAUCUCUCUCUUUUUUCUUUUUUUUUUCCUCUCCUUUUCUGGGCUACCCAAUAUUUUGUAGAACAGAAUGAAUGAUUCUGAGACCCUUCUGUGUCAAGAAGACGAGACUUGUUUGAAUGAAAACAAUUACAAAUUGGGCUUAUGUUCUGUUUCUGAGUGUGAUGAUGAGGAUAUACAAACGUUAAUCCGAAGAGAAGCAGUCACUUUUCAAAGUAAUAGCACUUUCUCACUUCUCAAGAGUGAAAAAAGCUGGUUUAAAUGCGCCCGUUUGGAUGUCAUCAAAUGGAUUCUCAACACUAGAGCCUUUUUUGGAUUUCACUUUCGCACAGCUUAUCUCUCCUUGAUUUAUUUUGAUGAGUUCUUUUCAAAAAGAUCAAUUGAUGAUGGAAAAUUGUGGGCUAUUCGAUUAUUGUCAGUUGCAUGUUUAUCUUUGGCUGCAAAGAUGGAGGAAUUUAAAGCACCCGCAUUAUCAGAUUAUCAUGUAGAUGAUUACAAUUUUGAAGGACAUGUGAUUCAGAGAAUGGAAUUAUUGGUCUUGAGUACAUUGGAAUGGAAUAUGAGUUUAAUUACACCUUUCGCUUAUCUGAAUUAUUUCACCACCAAGUUCUGUGGUGAAUGCAGCCAUAAAAAACUGGUAACUCGAGCAAUUGAACUCAUUUUCACCAUAAUAAAAGAGAUUAAUGUGGUUGAAAAUCGGCCUUCCAUAAUUGCUGCAGCCGUGGUUUUAGCAGCUUAUGAUUACCAGUUAACAAAGAAAGUAUUGGAGAUUAAGGUGAACACAAUCUCAUCAUGGGGGUCCCUAGAAAUAGAGCGUAUAUUUUCCUGCUAUAGUCUACUGCAGGAAAUUGGGAUGCUAGAAUCAAAGACCCCUAACUCUGUGAUUCCUCCAAAUAUAUUUUCGACGCUCUUGAGUUCCACAGGUGUUCUUGAGAGUUCUUCGCUCUCCACUGCAGGCAGUAAGAGAACACUUACCUAUCCGGACAAUGAUCAAGAUUGUCCUGCGCAGAAAAUUCCUCGAAUAUGCUGAUCAGUACAAGUUUCAUCUAAUACAGAGCGUUUAUUUGUGUUUUUCAUUGCACAGUAAUGAAGUCUUGAAGUUAGAUGAUGAAAUUGAAUUAUAGGAUUUAAUGAAAGCUACAAAUACCAACAUAUGGUAUGAUUUGUAGUUGAUGGGGGGCCCCAUUUUCCAGUAUUUAGCAAGUUUUUGGUAGUGACAACCAAGUAAAUAUUGAAAGGUGCAAUUUGCAUAAAUAAAGGGAAGAAUAUCUUCACCAACUGGAGUACUAAUGGCAUUUCGUGAGGAAUUGAGAGCCAAAGAAAUGUUCAUUUGUUAAUAUACU